AUGGCUUUCCGCUCCAAACCACUACGGUCGUUCGGACCAACAGUAAUUCCGCAUGGGCAAAUCGAGAACACCGAAGGAAACGUUACCCUUGGAAAAAUCGACCAUGGAGUCACUGAAAAUCCCUACGAGCGUCGCUUCAGUCCCUAUGAUUUCAAUGGAGGAACCUGUAUUGCAAUUGCCGGAGCUGACUACGCCGUUAUUGCCGCUGACACACGAUUGAGCAGCGGAUACGAGAUUUUGUCGCGAAACAUGAGCAAGCUUCACAAACUUACUGGCAAAUGCAUCCUUGGAAGUGCUGGGUGCAAAACUGAUGUUGAUCAAUUGCGAUCAGUGUUGGACAUCAAAAUGAAGGUGUACCAACACAACCAUCGAAAGCCCAUGUCAACUCCCGCGGUUGCUCAAAUGUUGGGAAAUACUCUUUACUACAAGCGAUUCUUCCCUUACUAUGCAUUCAAUGUCUUUGGGGGAAUUGAUGAAGAAGGAAAGGGUGCCAUCUAUUCCUAUGAUGCUAUUGGAAGUUUCGAAAGAACAGCAGUUACUGCCACCGGGAGUGGACAAGCAUAUGUCAUUCCGCUAUUGGAUAAUGUAAUUUCUCACAGAAAUCGUACCGAUGAAAAGAGAGACUUGCCAAAGGAGGAAGUCGUUGAGCUUGUGAAGGAUGUCUUCAUUUCAUGUGGGGAGCGAGAUAUUUACACCGGUGACCAAGUUGAGAUUGCUGUCAUUACAAAGGAUGGAAUUGAAACGAUCAUGUUCGACCUCAAGGCAGACUAA